AUGACGCCAGUUCCAUCUGAAGCCACUGCCACGAUGUCAUUGCCACAGGAUGAAAAUACCUCGUUGGUGCAGCAGGGAGUCAAGUCCAAGGAGCUGCACUCGGGAACGGUGACUCUGUUGGACGGACGUCGACUUACCUUCCAAGUUAGCGUAAGUUUAUGAAUCUGUAUAUGAAUCUGUAUUGCUCAUUUUGUUUAUUUUCUAAUUUUCUUUAAGACACUAAAAGUUUUUGAUGAUUAUCAUUUGAGCGGUAGCAGUUUUUAAUAAAAAUAAUUUUAUACCUAAUUUUUUGUUUAUUUUGGAGAGUUUGUAUAAAAUAUUUAUUUUUAUUUUAUGAUUAACUUAUCGUUUGUUUUAGAAAAACGCCGAUGGAGAAGUAUUGUUCAACUUGAUCACUGAUGCUGUCGGACUGAUCGAAAAGGAUUACUUUUCUUUGGCCUUCUACGACAAUACACCUGUCAGAGUAAGUAACAUUUUUUAUACUUUCACUAUUAAUUUGUACUUUUUUCAUUAAGAGUACAAUUUAUGAAAGUUUAAGUAUUUUUUUGAUGCUUAUAUAUGUUAGUUUUUUAAAAUACAUUUACAUUUUGACGUUGCUUACGGUACUGUUUUAGAAAUGGCUGUAUAAAAACAAAAAGAUUCAAAAACAGGUCAAGGAUUUGCCAUGGGACUUCUCAUUGGAAGUCAAAUUUUACACACCUGAUCCCAGUCAGCUUGCUGAUGACUUUACUCGACACUUACUCACCCUCCAACUCAGAGCUGAUAUCUACAAUGGAAGGUAACGCUUAUUAUUCCACUUAAAGUUUAGGCCUUAAGCUACUAGUUUAUGGUAUUUAAUCAGAAACUAUGUUGACUAUGUCACUAUUUUGGCAUUUAACUUUAUAAAAUGACCAACCUUAAUUUAUUUUAGACUACCCGCUUCCUUGGUGAAUCAAGCUCAUCUGGGCUCACUGAUUGCACAAGCCGAAUUGGGAGACUACUCUCCCGAUAUGGACUACAAGGACGCCCUAACCAAGCUCAACAUUGUGCCUCAACUGUCCGAAGAGCUCGAAGCCAAGACCAUUCAGCUCUACAAAGAUCAGAAAGGAAAAACACCCCCUGAAGCCGAAAUGGGAUUCCUGAUGACGUGCCGUGAGCUGACCCUUUAUGGAAUGGUCAUGUUCUCGGCAAGGCACAAUGGAAAACCAGUUCGAAUUGGUAUCAACUCGGCUGGAAUCAGCGUCUUCCAGGAGCAUUUGCGACAGAACUAUAUUGUUUGGCAGGGAAUGCACCAGUUGGAGUACCAGCGGAAAACCUUCACAUUGAAGCUCAAGCAUGGAGAGGUAAACAGGCUUUAAUGUCUUGAACUGUAUUUAAGGCCUUUUAACUUUCUUUUAUGAUUUUUUAUGCAUAAUAGUCAUUGUAUAAUGCUGUAAAAUUAAAUUUUCUUAAGUAAUCUUCUUUUUCAGAAGGAAGGAAAGUCAUCACUGACCUUCAAACUCGACGCCGAACCUCUGGCCAAGCUUUGCUGGAGAACGUCUGUCGAACAUCACACCUUCUUCCGCCUGAUGCAGCCCGAGGACAAGCCCAACAAGAGCGGGUUCUUCCAGUUGGGCUCGGGCCGUUUCCGCCCUGAAGGCCGCACACAUUUCCAAACAAAGAUGGCUAGCCAAAUGUUUGAUGGUACUCCCACUGCCGGUCCACAGAUCUCAAGCGCACAAGUCGUGAGCCGUUCAUCGGAGAAUCGUAAGUUGUUGUUAAUUAUGACAAUAUUCUUGAUUUAAGUUUACAUACAAAGGUUAGUAAUGUUAAGUUUUAAAAAAGUUUUUAAAUUUGAUUUAUUUUUUUUAUUUUCUUGUUUAAUUUAAAUAUUUUAGUUCCUUCUACACAUCAAGGAUCUUCUCCUUUGCAUUUCGCCGACGAUAAGGAGGUAAGUUUUAGCAAAUGUAGUUUUUAUAUUUUUGCAGAUGUAAUGUUUAUUAGUAACAUAUUGUCAUGGUUCUUUAACACUGUUUCAGGGAAACUCGCCUCAAAAGCGGUACACCCUGAUCAGCAGUCAAUUCGACGAAACGACCAGUCCACAGGUUUCGACAAUGGAAAGAUCAGGAACCGAGGUGGGUACAGCUUCUGAUUCGGGGAUAGAAAAUGCGAAGUCAUUGGACAGUCCCCUUUUUGUAUCCACGACCACUGAAAUCACCGCUAAAACAACGAUGAUUACGCGCUCGGGUCGUUACACUGUCACUGAAACACCGUCACCGCGUUUUUUGCGACCCCAAGAAAACGUGCCACACCCGGAACAACCGGAGACUUGGCCGGACGAGAAUGUACGCGCCGGUCGUCCGGUGGUUUCAACGCCAACGUUCUUGUCAGCCAAAUGGUUUUCGAGACAACGCCGCAUUCCCCCGCUAGGCAGUAGAACGUCCCACGACCCCGCUAGACGCAACUCGCCCCCCACCCCCACUAGAACCUCUAUUUCCGUACCUCCCAAGUUUGGGUUGCACUCUGAAAAACGCGAGCUACACACCGAAAGCGCACGCUACACGACAAAGACGCCUGCACGAUCAUUGUCAGCUAUACCAUACGCGCAACUAAUCGCUACGUCGCCAAGCGGCGACCAACUACUACCUAUUGUUAGGGAAGUCAACGAAAGCGUGCUUACAACGCUAAUGAGCCUCCCUUCCCGUUCGCAUACUGUAUUGGCUGAAUACAUUAGUAGCCCCGACAAUAGUCAACUGUCUACAGAACUCAUCUCAAACUACCGUGCCCUUCUGGCAGCUUCCGGUCAUACACCAGAACAAGUUGAGUACCGUGUUAGAGAAGCGAGUACUUCGCGGGUUUACUGCCGCCGAUCCCAUCUCUCACCUAAAACUCCAUAUUCAAAGCUACCAGCAAAUGCUGAAGAAGCUAUUCGAACGCGAACACCGUCGCCGAAUGUCAAUUUUGAUGAUUCUAUCAACCAUUGUAUUCGAAUUGUUGGAAUCGACAAUACCGUGCCACUAUAUAGGUACAACAUCAGCGCUGCCGAAGCUCAACGUGCCAUACGUAGAAGUGCUAAAAGCCCUGACAAUAGAAAAGAGUAUCAAAGUUUGACUAGAGAAGACAAUAUUACGGAAACGCCAAAGUCUCGCUUUGCUUUUGCAAAGAAAAAACGCCACGUCCCACGUCGGAAGUUGUUCGAAAGAGAUGAGUUUACACCAAUAUUGCACCAAAACCUCGAGAACGAAAUGCAAACUGUUCCUAUACGUUACUAUUCCAACAUUUACCAUUCAGGAAUCUAUAGUGAACACCACAAAAUAGUUGAACGAAAACAACACUCUGGCGAAGAGUCAGAAGGCGAUGCCAGUAAUACGGACUAUUCUUUUGAUGGACAACAGUACAUAGACAGCGAAAGACUUGAAAAAUCACAAGACUUAGAACCUGUUAACUUAAGACAAUGUGUUAAAAAGAUAAACUACCCAAAACAGAAAUACAGAGGUCCAUCACGUUUCCCAAAACCAGUAGCCGUUUUGCAUUUACAAAGAAUACGACGACCAAGUCAUGGCCAUAAAAACGGAUUUGCUCAAGUCGAUUUAUCGCCUAUACCUCGCGCAGAAGUACAACCAUUGCCAGAAUACCCUGUUAAUAACGUUCCUUAUACAGGACAUCUUGAUACCUUGUAUCCAAACAAAUUAUUUACGUCUCCUCUUCGCGAAAAUGUUGACGUGUACCAUUCUGGACUCAGUGAACCAUCACGAAACAGACGCUUUAAGUUCUUCACUUGGGCUAGACAUGAAGGAGAGGAAGAGGUCGGCGAUCAAGAUCCAGCUGGCUACAAGUUCGAUCAUACGCCUUACGAAGGUCCUCUCGACGAGACUAGCAAGUUUAACGAGAUCCAAACUGAACCGCUAGCCAGUCAUGUCACUAAAUAUCAUGGAGGCGAAUCCGUCGUUAAAGGCGACGAGGAAGAAGUGCACGAAGAACCUCAUGAUAAACAAACUGCGAUCAUUCACCUUCGCACUAAAGAAGAAGAACUUCAAGUUGAGGAGUUGAAACAAGCUAAAGCUCCAAAACAGCCGAAGGAAAAGAAGCCAAAGAAAGAAAAGAAAGACAAAGAUCAAGAGUCAUCAUUCUUUGGUAUUUUCAAACACAAAGAUCGCAAGCCACAAGAAGAAGGUCACGUUUCAACCCCGUCAACGUCAUCAUACCCAUUGGUUGGUGAACGUUACGAAGGUCCACUUGAAAAGGUAGGGAGAGAAAACGAACUUGAUUCUCAACCACUGCGUACUGAUGUCAAUGUGUACCAUUCUGGACUCAGUGAACCAUCACGAAACAGACGCUUCAAGUUCUUCACUUGGGCUAGACAUGAAGGAGAGGAAGAGGUCGGCGAUCAAGAUCCAGCUGGCUACAAAUUCGAUCAUACGCCUUACGAAGGUCCUCUCGACGAGACUAGCAAGUUUAACGAGAUCCAAACUGAACCGUUAGCCAGUCAUGUCACUAAAUAUCAUGGAGGCGAAUCUGUCGUUAAAGGCGACGAGGAAGAAGUGCACGAAGAACCUCAUGAUAAACAAACUGCGAUCAUUCACCUUCGCACUAAAGAAGAAGAACCUCAAGUUGAGGAGUUGAAACAAGCUAAAGCUCCAAAACAGCCGAAGGAAAAGAAGCCAAAGAAAGAAAAAGAAAGACAAAGAUCAAGAGUCAUCAUUCUUUGGUAUUUUCAAACACAAAGAUCGCAAGCCACAAGAAGAAGGUCACGUUUCAACCCCGUCAACGUCAUCAUACCCAUUGGUUGGUGAACGUUACGAAGGUCCACUUGAAGAGGUAGGGAAAGAAAACGAACUUGAUUCUCAACCACUGCGUACUGAUGUCAAUGUGUAUCAUUCUGGACUCAGUGAACCAUCACGAAACAGACGCUUCAAGUUCUUCACUUGGGCUAGACAUGAAGGAGAGGAAGAGGUCGGCGAUCAAGAUCCAGCUGGCUACAAAUUCGAUCAUACGCCUUACGAAGGUCCUCUCGACGAGACUAGCAAGUUUAACGAGAUCCAAACUGAACCGUUAGCCAGUCAUGUCACUAAAUAUCAUGGAGGCGAAUCCGUCGUUAAAGGCGACGAGGAAGAAGUGCACGAAGAACCUCAUGAUAAACAAACUGCGAUCAUUCACCUUCGCACUAAAGAAGAAGAACCUCAAGUUGAGGAGUUGAAACAAGCUAAAGCUCCAAAACAGCCGAAGGAAAAGAAGCCAAAGAAAGAAAAGAAAGACAAAGAUCAAGAGUCAUCAUUCUUUGGUAUUUUCAAACACAAAGAUCGCAAGCCACAAGAAGAAGGUCACGUUUCAACCCCGUCAACGUCAUCAUACCCAUUGGUUGGUGAACGUUACGAAGGUCCACAAAAGGUAGGGAGAGAAAACGAACUUGAUUCUCAACCACUGCGUACUGAUGUCAAUGUGUACCAUUCUGGACUCAGUGAACCAUCACGAAACAGACGCUUCAAGUUCUUCACUUGGGCUAGACAUGAAGGAGAGGAAGAGGUCGGCGAUCAAGAUCCAGCUGGCUACAAAUUCGAUCAUACGCCUUACGAAGGUCCUCUCGACGAGACUAGCAAGUUUAACGAGAUCCAAACUGAACCGUUAGCCAGUCAUGUCACUAAAUAUCAUGGAGGCGAAUCCGUCGUUAAAGGCGACGAGGAAGAAGUGCACGAAGAACCUCAUGAUAAACAAACUGCGAUCAUUCACCUUCGCACUAAAGAAGAAGAACCUCAAGUUGAGGAGUUGAAACAAGCUAAAGCUCCAAAACAGCCGAAGGAAAAGAAGCCAAAGAAAGAAAAGAAAGACAAAGAUCAAGAGUCAUCAUUCUUUGGUAUUUUCAAACACAAAGAUCGCAAGCCACAAGAAGAAGGUCACGUUUCAACCCCGUCAACGUCAUCAUACCCAUUGGUUGGUGAACGUUACGAAGGUCCACUUGAAGAGGUAGGGAAAGAAAACGAACUUGAUUCUCAACCACUGCGUACUGAUGUCAAUGUGUAUCAUUCUGGACUCAGUGAACCAUCACGAAACAGACGCUUCAAGUUCUUCACUUGGGCUAGACAUGAAGGAGAGGAAGAGGUCGGCGAUCAAGAUCCAGCUGGCUACAAAUUCGAUCAUACGCCUUACGAAGGUCCUCUCGACGAGACUAGCAAGUUUAACGAGAUCCAAACUGAACCGUUAGCCAGUCAUGUCACUAAAUAUCAUGGAGGCGAAUCCGUCGUUAAAGGCGACGAGGAAGAAGUGCACGAAGAACCUCAUGAUAAACAAACUGCGAUCAUUCACCUUCGCACUAAAGAAGAAGAACCUCAAGUUGAGGAGUUGAAACAAGCUAAAGCUCCAAAACAGCCGAAGGAAAAGAAGCCAAAGAAAGAAAAGAAAGACAAAGAUCAAGAGUCAUCAUUCUUUGGUAUUUUCAAACACAAAGAUCGCAAGCCACAAGAAGAAGGUCACGCUUCAACCCCGUCAACGUCAUCAUACCCAUUGGUUGGUGAACGUUACGAAGGUCCACUUGAAGAGGUAGGGAAAGAAAACGAACUUGAUUCUCAACCACUGCGUACUGAUGUCAAUGUGUAUCAUUCUGGACUCAGUGAACCAUCACGAAACAGACGCUUCAAGUUCUUCACUUGGGCUAGACAUGAAGGAGAGGAAGAGGUCGGCGAUCAAGAUCCAGCUGGCUACAAAUUCGAUCAUACGCCUUACGAAGGUCCUCUCGACGAGACUAGCAAGUUUAACGAGAUCCAAACUGAACCGUUAGCCAGUCAUGUCACUAAAUAUCAUGGAGGCGAAUCCGUCGUUAAAGGCGACGAGGAAGAAGUGCACGAAGAACCUCAUGAUAAACAAACUGCGAUCAUUCACCUUCGCACUAAAGAAGAAGAACCUCAAGUUGAGGAGUUGAAACAAGCUAAAGCUCCAAAACAGCCGAAGGAAAAGAAGCCAAAGAAAGAAAAGAAAGACAAAGAUCAAGAGUCAUCAUUCUUUGGUAUUUUCAAACACAAAGAUCGCAAGCCACAAGAAGAAGGUCACGUUUCAACCCCGUCAACGUCAUCAUACCCAUUGGUUGGUGAACGUUACGAAGGUCCACUUGAAAAGGUAGGGAGAGAAAACGAACUUGAUUCUCAACCACUGCGUACUGAUGUCAAUGUGUACCAUUCUGGACUCAGUGAACCAUCACGAAACAGACGCUUCAAGUUCUUCACUUGGGCUAGACAUGAAGGAGAGGAAGAGGUCGGCGAUCAAGAUCCAGCUGGCUACAAAUUCGAUCAUACGCCUUACGAAGGUCCUCUCGACGAGACUAGCAAGUUUAACGAGAUCCAAACUGAACCGUUAGCCAGUCAUGUCACUAAAUAUCAUGGAGGCGAAUCCGUCGUUAAAGGCGACGAGGAAGAAGUGCACGAAGAACCUCAUGAUAAACAAACUGCGAUCAUUCACCUUCGCACUAAAGAAGAAGAACCUCAAGUUGAGGAGUUGAAACAAGCUAAAGCUCCAAAACAGCCGAAGGAAAAGAAGCCAAAGAAAGAAAAGAAAGACAAAGAUCAAGAGUCAUCAUUCUUUGGUAUUUUCAAACACAAAGAUCGCAAGCCACAAGAAGAAGGUCACGCUUCAACCCCGUCAACGUCAUCAUACCCAUUGGUUGGUGAACGUUACGAAGGUCCACUUGAAGAGGUAGGGAAAGAAAACGAACUUGAUUCUCAACCACUGCGUACUGAUGUCAAUGUGUACCAUUCUGGACUCAGUGAACCAUCACGAAACAGACGCUUCAAGUUCUUCACUUGGGCUAGACAUGAAGGAGAGGAAGAGGUCGGCGAUCAAGAUCCAGCUGGCUACAAAUUCGAUCAUACGCCUUACGAAGGUCCUCUCGACGAGACUAGCAAGUUUAACGAGAUCCAAACUGAACCGUUAGCCAGUCAUGUCACUAAAUAUCAUGGAGGCGAAUCCGUCGUUAAAGGCGACGAGGAAGAAGUGCACGAAGAACCUCAUGAUAAACAAACUGCGAUCAUUCACCUUCGCACUAAAGAAGAAGAACCUCAAGUUGAGGAGUUGAAACAAGCUAAAGCUCCAAAACAGCCGAAGGAAAAGAAGCCAAAGAAAGAAAAGAAAGACAAAGAUCAAGAGUCAUCAUUCUUUGGUAUUUUCAAACACAAAGAUCGCAAGCCACAAGAAGAAGGUCACGCUUCAACCCCGUCAACGUCAUCAUACCCAUUGGUUGGUGAACGUUACGAAGGUCCACUUGAAGAGGUAGGGAAAGAAAACGAACUUGAUUCUCAACCACUGCGUACUGAUGUCAAUGUGUACCAUUCUGGACUCAGUGAACCAUCACGAAACAGACGCUUCAAGUUCUUCACUUGGGCUAGACAUGAAGGAGAGGAAGAGGUCGGCGAUCAAGAUCCAGCUGGCUACAAAUUCGAUCAUACGCCUUACGAAGGUCCUCUCGACGAGACUAGCAAGUUUAACGAGAUCCAAACUGAACCGUUAGCCAGUCAUGUCACUAAAUAUCAUGGAGGCGAAUCUGUCGUUAAAGGCGACGAGGAAGAAGUGCACGAAGAACCUCAUGAUAAACAAACUGCGAUCAUUCACCUUCGCACUAAAGAAGAAGAACCUCAAGUUGAGGAGUUGAAACAAGCUAAAGCUCCAAAACAGCCGAAGGAAAAGAAGCCAAAGAAAGAAAAGAAAGACAAAGAUCAAGAGUCAUCAUUCUUUGGUAUUUUCAAACACAAAGAUCGCAAGCCACAAGAAGAAGGUCACGCUUCAACCCCGUCAACGUCAUCAUACCCAUUGGUUGGUGAACGUUACGAAGGUCCACUUGAAGAGGUAGGGAAAGAAAACGAACUUGAUUCUCAACCACUGCGUACUGAUGUCAAUGUGUACCAUUCUGGACUCAGUGAACCAUCACGAAACAGACGCUUCAAGUUCUUCACUUGGGCUAGACAUGAAGGAGAGGAAGAGGUCGGCGAUCAAGAUCCAGCUGGCUACAAAUUCGAUCAUACGCCUUACGAAGGUCCUCUCGACGAGACUAGCAAGUUUAACGAGAUCCAAACUGAACCGUUAGCCAGUCAUGUCACUAAAUAUCAUGGAGGCGAAUCCGUCGUUAAAGGCGACGAGGAAGAAGUGCACGAAGAACCUCAUGAUAAACAAACUGCGAUCAUUCACCUUCGCACUAAAGAAGAAGAACCUCAAGUUGAGGAGUUGAAACAAGCUAAAGCUCCAAAACAGCCGAAGGAAAAGAAGCCAAAGAAAGAAAAGAAAGACAAAGAUCAAGAGUCAUCAUUCUUUGGUAUUUUCAAACACAAAGAUCGCAAGCCACAAGAAGAAGGUCACGCUUCAACCCCGUCAACGUCAUCAUACCCAUUGGUUGGUGAACGUUACGAAGGUCCACUUGAAGAGGUAGGGAAAGAAAACGAACUUGAUUCUCAACCACUGCGUACUGAUGUCAAUGUGUACCAUUCUGGACUCAGUGAACCAUCACGAAACAGACGCUUCAAGUUCUUCACUUGGGCUAGACAUGAAGGAGAGGAAGAGGUCGGCGAUCAAGAUCCAGCUGGCUACAAAUUCGAUCAUACGCCUUACGAAGGUCCUCUCGACGAGACUAGCAAGUUUAACGAGAUCCAAACUGAACCGUUAGCCAGUCAUGUCACUAAAUAUCAUGGAGGCGAAUCUGUCGUUAAAGGCGACGAGGAAGAAGUGCACGAAGAACCUCAUGAUAAACAAACUGCGAUCAUUCACCUUCGCACUAAAGAAGAAGAACCUCAAGUUGAGGAGUUGAAACAAGCUAAAGCUCCAAAACAGCCGAAGGAAAAGAAGCCAAAGAAAGAAAAGAAAGACAAAGAUCAAGAGUCAUCAUUCUUUGGUAUUUUCAAACACAAAGAUCGCAAGCCACAAGAAGAAGGUCACGCUUCAACCCCGUCAACGUCAUCAUACCCAUUGGUUGGUGAACGUUACGAAGGUCCACUUGAAGAGGUAGGGAAAGAAAACGAACUUGAUUCUCAACCACUGCGUACUGAUGUCAAUGUGUACCAUUCUGGACUCAGUGAACCAUCACGAAACAGACGCUUCAAGUUCUUCACUUGGGCUAGACAUGAAGGAGAGGAAGAGGUCGGCGAUCAAGAUCCAGCUGGCUACAAAUUCGAUCAUACGCCUUACGAAGGUCCUCUCGACGAGACUAGCAAGUUUAACGAGAUCCAAACUGAACCGUUAGCCAGUCAUGUCACUAAAUAUCAUGGAGGCGAAUCCGUCGUUAAAGGCGACGAGGAAGAAGUGCACGAAGAACCUCAUGAUAAACAAACUGCGAUCAUUCACCUUCGCACUAAAGAAGAAGAACCUCAAGUUGAGGAGUUGAAACAAGCUAAAGCUCCAAAACAGCCGAAGGAAAAGAAGCCAAAGAAAGAAAAGAAAGACAAAGAUCAAGAGUCAUCAUUCUUUGGUAUUUUCAAACACAAAGAUCGCAAGCCACAAGAAGAAGGUCACGCUUCAACCCCGUCAACGUCAUCAUACCCAUUGGUUGGUGAACGUUACGAAGGUCCACUUGAAGAGGUAGGGAAAGAAAACGAACUUGAUUCUCAACCACUGCGUACUGAUGUCAAUGUGUACCAUUCUGGACUCAGUGAACCAUCACGAAACAGACGCUUCAAGUUCUUCACUUGGGCUAGACAUGAAGGAGAGGAAGAGGUCGGCGAUCAAGAUCCAGCUGGCUACAAAUUCGAUCAUACGCCUUACGAAGGUCCUCUCGACGAGACUAGCAAGUUUAACGAGAUCCAAACUGAACCGUUAGCCAGUCAUGUCACUAAAUAUCAUGGAGGCGAAUCUGUCGUUAAAGGCGACGAGGAAGAAGUGCACGAAGAACCUCAUGAUAAACAAACUGCGAUCAUUCACCUUCGCACUAAAGAAGAAGAACCUCAAGUUGAGGAGUUGAAACAAGCUAAAGCUCCAAAACAGCCAAAGGAAAAGAAGCCAAAGAAAGAAAAGAAAGACAAAGAUCAAGAGUCAUCAUUCUUUGGUAUUUUCAAACACAAAGAUCGCAAGCCACAAGAAGAAGGUCACGCUUCAACCCCGUCAACGUCAUCAUACCCAUUGGUUGGUGAACGUUACGAAGGUCCACUUGAAGAGGUAGGGAAAGAAAACGAACUUGAUUCUCAACCACUGCGUACUGAUGUCAAUGUGUACCAUUCUGGACUCAGUGAACCAUCACGAAACAGACGCUUCAAGUUCUUCACUUGGGCUAGACAUGAAGGAGAGGAAGAGGUCGGCGAUCAAGAUCCAGCUGGCUACAAAUUCGAUCAUACGCCUUACGAAGGUCCUCUCGACGAGACUAGCAAGUUUAACGAGAUCCAAACUGAACCGUUAGCCAGUCAUGUCACUAAAUAUCAUGGAGGCGAAUCCGUCGUUAAAGGCGACGAGGAAGAAGUGCACGAAGAACCUCAUGAUAAACAAACUGCGAUCAUUCACCUUCGCACUAAAGAAGAAGAACCUCAAUUUGAGGAGUUGAAACAAGCUAAAGCUCCAAAACAGCCGAAGGAAAAGAAGCCAAAGAAAGAAAAGAAAGACAAAGAUCAAGAGUCAUCAUUCUUUGGUAUUUUCAAACACAAAGAUCGCAAGCCACAAGAAGAAGGUCACGCUUCAACCCCGUCAACGUCAUCAUACCCAUUGGUUGGUGAACGUUACGAAGGUCCACUUGAAGAGGUAGGGAAAGAAAACGAACUUGAUUCUCAACCACUGCGUACUGAUGUCAAUGUGUACCAUUCUGGACUCAGUGAACCAUCACGAAACAGACGCUUCAAGUUCUUCACUUGGGCUAGACAUGAAGGAGAGGAAGAGGUCGGCGAUCAAGAUCCAGCUGGCUACAAAUUCGAUCAUACGCCUUACGAAGGUCCUCUCGACGAGACUAGCAAGUUUAACGAGAUCCAAACUGAACCGUUAGCCAGUCAUGUCACUAAAUAUCAUGGAGGCGAAUCCGUCGUUAAAGGCGACGAGGAAGAAGUGCACGAAGAACCUCAUGAUAAACAAACUGCGAUCAUUCACCUUCGCACUAAAGAAGAAGAACCUCAAGUUGAGGAGUUGAAACAAGCUAAAGCUCCAAAACAGCCGAAGGAAAAGAAGCCAAAGAAAGAAAAGAAAGACAAAGAUCAAGAGUCAUCAUUCUUUGGUAUUUUCAAACACAAAGAUCGCAAGCCACAAGAAGAAGGUCACGCUUCAACCCCGUCAACGUCAUCAUACCCAUUGGUUGGUGAACGUUACGAAGGUCCACUUGAAGAGGUAGGGAAAGAAAACGAACUUGAUUCUCAACCACUGCGUACUGAUGUCAAUGUGUACCAUUCUGGACUCAGUGAACCAUCACGAAACAGACGCUUCAAGUUCUUCACUUGGGCUAGACAUGAAGGAGAGGAAGAGGUCGGCGAUCAAGAUCCAGCUGGCUACAAAUUCGAUCAUACGCCUUACGAAGGUCCUCUCGACGAGACUAGCAAGUUUAACGAGAUCCAAACUGAACCGUUAGCCAGUCAUGUCACUAAAUAUCAUGGAGGCGAAUCCGUCGUUAAAGGCGACGAGGAAGAAGUGCACGAAGAACCUCAUGAUAAACAAACUGCGAUCAUUCACCUUCGCACUAAAGAAGAAGAACCUCAAGUUGAGGAGUUGAAACAAGCUAAAGCUCCAAAACAGCCGAAGGAAACGAAGCCAAAGAAAGAAAAGAAAGACAAAGAUCAAGAGUCAUCAUUCUUUGGUAUUUUCAAACACAAAGAUCGCAAGCCACAAGAAGAAGGUCACGCUUCAACCCCGUCAACGUCAUCAUACCCAUUGGUUGGUGAACGUUACGAAGGUCCACUUGAAGAGGUAGGGAAAGAAAACGAACUUGAUUCUCAACCACUGCGUACUGAUGUCAAUGUGUACCAUUCUGGACUCAGUGAACCAUCACGAAACAGACGCUUCAAGUUCUUCACUUGGGCUAGACAUGAAGGAGAGGAAGAGGUCGGCGAUCAAGAUCCAGCUGGCUACAAAUUCGAUCAUACGCCUUACGAAGGUCCUCUCGACGAGACUAGCAAGUUUAACGAGAUCCAAACUGAACCGUUAGCCAGUCAUGUCACUAAAUAUCAUGGAGGCGAAUCCGUCGUUAAAGGCGACGAGGAAGAAGUGCACGAAGAACCUCAUGAUAAACAAACUGCGAUCAUUCACCUUCGCACUAAAGAAGAAGAACCUCAAUUUGAGGAGUUGAAACAAGCUAAAGCUCCAAAACAGCCGAAGGAAAAGAAGCCAAAGAAAGAAAAGAAAGACAAAGAUCAAGAGUCAUCAUUCUUUGGUAUUUUCAAACACAAAGAUCGCAAGCCACAAGAAGAAGGUCACGCUUCAACCCCGUCAACGUCAUCAUACCCAUUGGUUGGUGAACGUUACGAAGGUCCACUUGAAGAGGUAGGGAAAGAAAACGAACUUGAUUCUCAACCACUGCGUACUGAUGUCAAUGUGUACCAUUCUGGACUCAGUGAACCAUCACGAAACAGACGCUUCAAGUUCUUCACUUGGGCUAGACAUGAAGGAGAGGAAGAGGUCGGCGAUCAAGAUCCAGCUGGCUACAAAUUCGAUCAUACGCCUUACGAAGGUCCUCUCGACGAGACUAGCAAGUUUAACGAGAUCCAAACUGAACCGUUAGCCAGUCAUGUCACUAAAUAUCAUGGAGGCGAAUCCGUCGUUAAAGGCGACGAGGAAGAAGUGCACGAAGAACCUCAUGAUAAACAAACUGCGAUCAUUCACCUUCGCACUAAAGAAGAAGAACCUCAAGUUGAGGAGUUGAAACAAGCUAAAGCUCCAAAACAGCCGAAGGAAACGAAGCCAAAGAAAGAAAAGAAAGACAAAGAUCAAGAGUCAUCAUUCUUUGGUAUUUUCAAACACAAAGAUCGCAAGCCACAAGAAGAAGGUCACGCUUCAACCCCGUCAACGUCAUCAUACCCAUUGGUUGGUGAACGUUACGAAGGUCCACUUGAAGAGGUAGGGAAAGAAAACGAACUUGAUUCUCAACCACUGCGUACUGAUGUCAAUGUGUACCAUUCUGGACUCAGUGAACCAUCACGAAACAGACGCUUCAAGUUCUUCACUUGGGCUAGACAUGAAGGAGAGGAAGAGGUCGGCGAUCAAGAUCCAGCUGGCUACAAAUUCGAUCAUACGCCUUACGAAGGUCCUCUCGACGAGACUAGCAAGUUUAACGAGAUCCAAACUGAACCGUUAGCCAGUCAUGUCACUAAAUAUCAUGGAGGCGAAUCCGUCGUUAAAGGCGACGAGGAAGAAGUGCACGAAGAACCUCAUGAUAAACAAACUGCGAUCAUUCACCUUCGCACUAAAGAAGAAGAACCUCAAGUUGAGGAGUUGAAACAAGCUAAAGCUCCAAAACAGCCGAAGGAAAAGAAGCCAAAGAAAGAAAAGAAAGACAAAGAUCAAGAGUCAUCAUUCUUUGGUAUUUUCAAACACAAAGAUCGCAAGCCACAAGAAGAAGGUCACGCUUCAACCCCGUCAACGUCAUCAUACCCAUUGGUUGGUGAACGUUACGAAGGUCCACUUGAAGAGGUAGGGAAAGAAAACGAACUUGAUUCUCAACCACUGCGUACUGAUGUCAAUGUGUACCAUUCUGGACUCAGUGAACCAUCACGAAACAGACGCUUCAAGUUCUUCACUUGGGCUAGACAUGAAGGAGAGGAAGAGGUCGGCGAUCAAGAUCCAGCUGGCUACAAAUUCGAUCAUACGCCUUACGAAGGUCCUCUCGACGAGACUAGCAAGUUUAACGAGAUCCAAACUGAACCGUUAGCCAGUCAUGUCACUAAAUAUCAUGGAGGCGAAUCCGUCGUUAAAGGCGACGAGGAAGAAGUGCACGAAGAACCUCAUGAUAAACAAACUGCGAUCAUUCACCUUCGCACUAAAGAAGAAGAACCUCAAGUUGAGGAGUUGAAACAAGCUAAAGCUCCAAAACAGCCGAAGGAAAAGAAGCCAAAGAAAGAAAAGAAAGACAAAGAUCAAGAGUCAUCAUUCUUUGGUAUUUUCAAACACAAAGAUCGCAAGCCACAAGAAGAAGGUCACGUUUCAACCCCGUCAACGUCAUCAUACCCAUUGGUUGGUGAACGUUACGAAGGUCCACUUGAAGAGGUAGGGAAAGAAAACGAACUUGAUUCUCAACCACUGCGUACUGAUGUCAAUGUGUAUCAUUCUGGACUCAGUGAACCAUCACGAAACAGACGCUUCAAGUUCUUCACUUGGGCUAGACAUGAAGGAGAGGAAGAGGUCGGCGAUCAAGAUCCAGCUGGCUACAAAUUCGAUCAUACGCCUUACGAAGGUCCUCUCGACGAGACUAGCAAGUUUAACGAGAUCCAAACUGAACCGUUAGCCAGUCAUGUCACUAAAUAUCAUGGAGGCGAAUCCGUCGUUAAAGGCGACGAGGAAGAAGUGCACGAAGAACCUCAUGAUAAACAAACUGCGAUCAUUCACCUUCGCACUAAAGAAGAAGAACCUCAAGUUGAGGAGUUGAAACAAGCUAAAGCUCCAAAACAGCCGAAGGAAAAGAAGCCAAAGAAAGAAAAGAAAGACAAAGAUCAAGAGUCAUCAUUCUUUGGUAUUUUCAAACACAAAGAUCGCAAGCCACAAGAAGAAGGUCACGCUUCAACCCCGUCAACGUCAUCAUACCCAUUGGUUGGUGAACGUUACGAAGGUCCACUUGAAGAGGUAGGGAAAGAAAACGAACUUGAUUCUCAACCACUGCGUACUGAUGUCAAUGUGUACCAUUCUGGACUCAGUGAACCAUCACGAAACAGACGCUUCAAGUUCUUCACUUGGGCUAGACAUGAAGGAGAGGAAGAGGUCGGCGAUCAAGAUCCAGCUGGCUACAAAUUCGAUCAUACGCCUUACGAAGGUCCUCUCGACGAGACUAGCAAGUUUAACGAGAUCCAAACUGAACCGUUAGCCAGUCAUGUCACUAAAUAUCAUGGAGGCGAAUCCGUCGUUAAAGGCGACGAGGAAGAAGUGCACGAAGAACCUCAUGAUAAACAAACUGCGAUCAUUCACCUUCGCACUAAAGAAGAAGAACCUCAAGUUGAGGAGUUGAAACAAGCUAAAGCUCCAAAACAGCCGAAGGAAAAGAAGCCAAAGAAAGAAAAGAAAGACAAAGAUCAAGAGUCAUCAUUCUUUGGUAUUUUCAAACACAAAGAUCGCAAGCCACAAGAAGAAGGUCACGCUUCAACCCCGUCAACGUCAUCAUACCCAUUGGUUGGUGAACGUUACGAAGGUCCACUUGAAGAGGUAGGGAAAGAAAACGAACUUGAUUCUCAACCACUGCGUACUGAUGUCAAUGUGUACCAUUCUGGACUCAGUGAACCAUCACGAAACAGACGCUUCAAGUUCUUCACUUGGGCUAGACAUGAAGGAGAGGAAGAGGUCGGCGAUCAAGAUCCAGCUGGCUACAAAUUCGAUCAUACGCCUUACGAAGGUCCUCUCGACGAGACUAGCAAGUUUAACGAGAUCCAAACUGAACCGUUAGCCAGUCAUGUCACUAAAUAUCAUGGAGGCGAAUCCGUCGUUAAAGGCGACGAGGAAGAAGUGCACGAAGAACCUCAUGAUAAACAAACUGCGAUCAUUCACCUUCGCACUAAAGAAGAAGAACCUCAAGUUGAGGAGUUGAAACAAGCUAAAGCUCCAAAACAGCCGAAGGAAAAGAAGCCAAAGAAAGAAAAGAAAGACAAAGAUCAAGAGUCAUCAUUCUUUGGUAUUUUCAAACACAAAGAUCGCAAGCCACAAGAAGAAGGUCACGCUUCAACCCCGUCAACGUCAUCAUACCCAUUGGUUGGUGAACGUUACGAAGGUCCACUUGAAGAGGUAGGGAAAGAAAACGAACUUGAUUCUCAACCACUGCGUACUGAUGUCAAUGUGUACCAUUCUGGACUCAGUGAACCAUCACGAAACAGACGCUUCAAGUUCUUCACUUGGGCUAGACAUGAAGGAGAGGAAGAGGUCGGCGAUCAAGAUCCAGCUGGCUACAAAUUCGAUCAUACGCCUUACGAAGGUCCUCUCGACGAGACUAGCAAGUUUAACGAGAUCCAAACUGAACCGUUAGCCAGUCAUGUCACUAAAUAUCAUGGAGGCGAAUCCGUCGUUAAAGGCGACGAGGAAGAAGUGCACGAAGAACCUCAUGAUAAACAAACUGCGAUCAUUCACCUUCGCACUAAAGAAGAAGAACCUCAAGUUGAGGAGUUGAAACAAGCUAAAGCUCCAAAACAGCCGAAGGAAAAGAAGCCAAAGAAAGAAAAGAAAGACAAAGAUCAAGAGUCAUCAUUCUUUGGUAUUUUCAAACACAAAGAUCGCAAGCCACAAGAAGAAGGUCACGUUUCAACCCCGUCAACGUCAUCAUACCCAUUGGUUGGUGAACGUUACGAAGGUCCACUUGAAGAGGUAGGGAAAGAAAACGAACUUGAUUCUCAACCACUGCGUACUGAUGUCAAUGUGUAUCAUUCUGGACUCAGUGAACCAUCACGAAACAGACGCUUCAAGUUCUUCACUUGGGCUAGACAUGAAGGAGAGGAAGAGGUCGGCGAUCAAGAUCCAGCUGGCUACAAAUUCGAUCAUACGCCUUACGAAGGUCCUCUCGACGAGACUAGCAAGUUUAACGAGAUCCAAACUGAACCGUUAGCCAGUCAUGUCACUAAAUAUCAUGGAGGCGAAUCCGUCGUUAAAGGCGACGAGGAAGAAGUGCACGAAGAACCUCAUGAUAAACAAACUGCGAUCAUUCACCUUCGCACUAAAGAAGAAGAACCUCAAGUUGAGGAGUUGAAACAAGCUAAAGCUCCAAAACAGCCGAAGGAAAAGAAGCCAAAGAAAGAAAAGAAAGACAAAGAUCAAGAGUCAUCAUUCUUUGGUAUUUUCAAACACAAAGAUCGCAAGCCACAAGAAGAAGGUCACGUUUCAACCCCGUCAACGUCAUCAUACCCAUUGGUUGGUGAACGUUACGAAGGUCCACUUGAAGAGGUAGGGAAAGAAAACGAACUUGAUUCUCAACCACUGCGUACUGAUGUCAAUGUGUACCAUUCUGGACUCAGUGAACCAUCACGAAACAGACGCUUCAAGUUCUUCACUUGGGCUAGACAUGAAGGAGAGGAAGAGGUCGGCGAUCAAGAUCCAGCUGGCUACAAAUUCGAUCAUACGCCUUACGAAGGUCCUCUCGACGAGACUAGCAAGUUUAACGAGAUCCAAACUGAACCGUUAGCCAGUCAUGUCACUAAAUAUCAUGGAGGCGAAUCCGUCGUUAAAGGCGACGAGGAAGAAGUGCACGAAGAACCUCAUGAUAAACAAACUGCGAUCAUUCACCUUCGCACUAAAGAAGAAGAACCUCAAGUUGAGGAGUUGAAACAAGCUAAAGCUCCAAAACAGCCGAAGGAAAAGAAGCCAAAGAAAGAAAAGAAAGACAAAGAUCAAGAGUCAUCAUUCUUUGGUAUUUUCAAACACAAAGAUCGCAAGCCACAAGAAGAAGGUCACGCUUCAACCCCGUCAACGUCAUCAUACCCAUUGGUUGGUGAACGUUACGAAGGUCCACUUGAAGAGGUAGGGAAAGAAAACGAACUUGAUUCUCAACCACUGCGUACUGAUGUCAAUGUGUACCAUUCUGGACUCAGUGAACCAUCACGAAACAGACGCUUCAAGUUCUUCACUUGGGCUAGACAUGAAGGAGAGGAAGAGGUCGGCGAUCAAGAUCCAGCUGGCUACAAAUUCGAUCAUACGCCUUACGAAGGUCCUCUCGACGAGACUAGCAAGUUUAACGAGAUCCAAACUGAACCGUUAGCCAGUCAUGUCACUAAAUAUCAUGGAGGCGAAUCCGUCGUUAAAGGCGACGAGGAAGAAGUGCACGAAGAACCUCAUGAUAAACAAACUGCGAUCAUUCACCUUCGCACUAAAGAAGAAGAACCUCAAGUUGAGGAGUUGAAACAAGCUAAAGCUCCAAAACAGCCGAAGGAAAAGAAGCCAAAGAAAGAAAAGAAAGACAAAGAUCAAGAGUCAUCAUUCUUUGGUAUUUUCAAACACAAAGAUCGCAAGCCACAAGAAGAAGGUCACGCUUCAACCCCGUCAACGUCAUCAUACCCAUUGGUUGGUGAACGUUACGAAGGUCCACUUGAAGAGGUAGGGAAAGAAAACGAACUUGAUUCUCAACCACUGCGUACUGAUGUCAAUGUGUACCAUUCUGGACUCAGUGAACCAUCACGAAACAGACGCUUCAAGUUCUUCACUUGGGCUAGACAUGAAGGAGAGGAAGAGGUCGGCGAUCAAGAUCCAGCUGGCUACAAAUUCGAUCAUACGCCUUACGAAGGUCCUCUCGACGAGACUAGCAAGUUUAACGAGAUCCAAACUGAACCGUUAGCCAGUCAUGUCACUAAAUAUCAUGGAGGCGAAUCCGUCGUUAAAGGCGACGAGGAAGAAGUGCACGAAGAACCUCAUGAUAAACAAACUGCGAUCAUUCACCUUCGCACUAAAGAAGAAGAACCUCAAGUUGAGGAGUUGAAACAAGCUAAAGCUCCAAAACAGCCGAAGGAAAAGAAGCCAAAGAAAGAAAAGAAAGACAAAGAUCAAGAGUCAUCAUUCUUUGGUAUUUUCAAACACAAAGAUCGCAAGCCACAAGAAGAAGGUCACGCUUCAACCCCGUCAACGUCAUCAUACCCAUUGGUUGGUGAACGUUACGAAGGUCCACUUGAAGAGGUAGGGAAAGAAAACGAACUUGAUUCUCAACCACUGCGUACUGAUGUCAAUGUGUACCAUUCUGGACUCAGUGAACCAUCACGAAACAGACGCUUCAAGUUCUUCACUUGGGCUAGACAUGAAGGAGAGGAAGAGGUCGGCGAUCAAGAUCCAGCUGGCUACAAAUUCGAUCAUACGCCUUACGAAGGUCCUCUCGACGAGACUAGCAAGUUUAACGAGAUCCAAACUGAACCGUUAGCCAGUCAUGUCACUAAAUAUCAUGGAGGCGAAUCCGUCGUUAAAGGCGACGAGGAAGAAGUGCACGAAGAACCUCAUGAUAAACAAACUGCGAUCAUUCACCUUCGCACUAAAGAAGAAGAACCUCAAGUUGAGGAGUUGAAACAAGCUAAAGCUCCAAAACAGCCGAAGGAAAAGAAGCCAAAGAAAGAAAAGAAAGACAAAGAUCAAGAGUCAUCAUUCUUUGGUAUUUUCAAACACAAAGAUCGCAAGCCACAAGAAGAAGGUCACGCUUCAACCCCGUCAACGUCAUCAUACCCAUUGGUUGGUGAACGUUACGAAGGUCCACUUGAAGAGGUAGGGAAAGAAAACGAACUUGAUUCUCAACCACUGCGUACUGAUGUCAAUGUGUACCAUUCUGGACUCAGUGAACCAUCACGAAACAGACGCUUCAAGUUCUUCACUUGGGCUAGACAUGAAGGAGAGGAAGAGGUCGGCGAUCAAGAUCCAGCUGGCUACAAAUUCGAUCAUACGCCUUACGAAGGUCCUCUCGACGAGACUAGCAAGUUUAACGAGAUCCAAACUGAACCGUUAGCCAGUCAUGUCACUAAAUAUCAUGGAGGCGAAUCCGUCGUUAAAGGCGACGAGGAAGAAGUGCACGAAGAACCUCAUGAUAAACAAACUGCGAUCAUUCACCUUCGCACUAAAGAAGAAGAACCUCAAGUUGAGGAGUUGAAACAAGCUAAAGCUCCAAAACAGCCGAAGGAAAAGAAGCCAAAGAAAGAAAAGAAAGACAAAGAUCAAGAGUCAUCAUUCUUUGGUAUUUUCAAACACAAAGAUCGCAAGCCACAAGAAGAAGGUCACGUUUCAACCCCGUCAACGUCAUCAUACCCAUUGGUUGGUGAACGUUACGAAGGUCCACUUGAAGAGGUAGGGAAAGAAAACGAACUUGAUUCUCAACCACUGCGUACUGAUGUCAAUGUGUAUCAUUCUGGACUCAGUGAACCAUCACGAAACAGACGCUUCAAGUUCUUCACUUGGGCUAGACAUGAAGGAGAGGAAGAGGUCGGCGAUCAAGAUCCAGCUGGCUACAAAUUCGAUCAUACGCCUUACGAAGGUCCUCUCGACGAGACUAGCAAGUUUAACGAGAUCCAAACUGAACCGUUAGCCAGUCAUGUCACUAAAUAUCAUGGAGGCGAAUCCGUCGUUAAAGGCGACGAGGAAGAAGUGCACGAAGAACCUCAUGAUAAACAAACUGCGAUCAUUCACCUUCGCACUAAAGAAGAAGAACCUCAAGUUGAGGAGUUGAAACAAGCUAAAGCUCCAAAACAGCCGAAGGAAAAGAAGCCAAAGAAAGAAAAGAAAGACAAAGAUCAAGAGUCAUCAUUCUUUGGUAUUUUCAAACACAAAGAUCGCAAGCCACAAGAAGAAGGUCACGCUUCAACCCCGUCAACGUCAUCAUACCCAUUGGUUGGUGAACGUUACGAAGGUCCACUUGAAGAGGUUGGGAGAGAAAACGAACUUGAUUCUCAACCACUGCGUACUGAUGUCAAUGUGUAUCAUUCUGGACUCAGUGAACCAUCACGAAACAGACGCUUCAAGUUCUUCACUUGGGCUAGACAUGAAGGAGAGGAAGAGGUCGGCGAUCAAGAUCCAGCUGGCUACAAAUUCGAUCAUACGCCUUACGAAGGUCCUCUCGACGAGACUAGCAAGUUUAACGAGAUCCAAACUGAACCGUUAGCCAGUCAUGUCACUAAAUAUCAUGGAGGCGAAUCUGUCGUUAAAGGCGACGAGGAAGAAGUGCACGAAGAACCUUAUGAUAAACAAACUGCGAUCAUUCACCUUCGCACUAAAGAAGAAGAACCUCAAGUUGAGGAGUUGAAACAAGCUAAAGCUCCAAAACAGCCGAAGGAAAAGAAGCCAAAGAAAGACAAAGAUCAAGAGUCAUCAUUCUUUGGUAUUUUCAAACACAAAGAUCGCAAGCCACAAGAAGAAGGUCACGUUUCAACCCCGUCAACGUCAUCAUACCCAUUGGUUGGUGAACGUUACGAAGGUCCACUUGAAGAGGUAGGGAAAGAAAACGAACUUGAUUUUCAACCACUGCGUACUGAUGUCAAUGUGUACCAUUCUGGACUCAGUGAACCAUCACGAAACAGACGCUUCAAGUUCUUCACUUGGGCUAGACAUGAAGGAGAGGAAGAGGUCGGCGAUCAAGAUCCAGCUGGCUACAAAUUCGAUCAUACGCCUUACGAAGGUCCUCUCGACGAGACUAGCAAGUUUAACGAAAUCCAAACUGAACCACUAGCGAGUUAUGUCAAAAAAUAUCAUGAAGGGUAUAAAAAAGAUGAUGCGAAAAAAGGGCAUCUUGGAGUCGAAGUCAAAAUUACUGAAAGAGCUUCAGGGUCUGAAGAAGAAUCGGGAAAAAGAACAGCCGUUAUUCAUUUGAAAGACAUAACAAAUACAGGGGAUGAACAUGUGAAGAAAGCUCAUAACAAGAGUAAAACGGCAAGAGAUCGGGAUUACAAACUGUUUGGAUUGUUUAAGGGUCGAACAAAUACUGAAGACUCACAGAGUGCCUUUAAAAACUAUCCGUCAAUGUCAUACGAUGGACCAGUAGAUCAGCUAAUACCAAGAAAAGAUAUGGCAACUACUGACAUUAACGAAUUCGCGAGUUUGUAUCACCGUGGCCAAUACUCACCUCGUUCUUAUAGGAAAGGUUUGGCUAUUUUACACUUGAGAAAGUUGGAAGAACGAAGAACUGCUUCAGAUGACCUAGACGGUAGACCUAAAGAGACCGUUAAGUCUGUGUUUGGAAGAAAACGGAAGCGUCAAGAUCGUGGAUGGCUACAAUCGAUUGUCCGCGCCAGACGAGGUGAUCAUUCAGAGUUGUCGGCUGGAUAUGUUUGCAAUGACCAGUCGAUCUUUAACCAAGGAAAGAUGGUCAAUGACCUGAACGUGGACGUUUUCUUGAAACGGGAAAUGCAGUCAUCUUAUGAGGUUGAGGUUUUGUUCCGAGACACGAAGACUUCUCGCUUUGAGCCUCUGUUUAAUCGACGUGGCCCUGUGUUUCUACCGAAGUCGUUGUUGGACGAGACCAACGAGAACGUGGAAUUGAAAUUGCGUGAAAUCGGAAAUAAGAGGUCGGGGCGGGGCGCUGAGGCGGGCGCGACGGCGUUAAACGGUGCGGGUCCUUUGGGAGCACAGGAUGAUAGUGAUGAAGCGGACGAGAGUUCAUUGGCCUCUCAACCCGUUACGAGUAACGGCGCAGGCACCAAACGCUUCCGGCAUCGACGUGCCGAGCCUACCGAUCAGGCCAAGAAGCGGAAAAUGGCGGCCAACAAAUCAGCCAAAGAAGGAACGCGCGUCUCUCUGUUUUCUUCGCUACGUCGCCAGAUUUCACAGGUUUCUAUUACUUCUAUUUGAAUGUUUUGUUUGUGCAAUUUUGUUACCUUUUUGGUAUUUAUGUUGUUCUUUCUUGUAUUUUUCUUUUCCGCUUGCUUCACGGCAGAAUUUCCAUUUUUCUGAUGAAACAGCCGUAUUACUAACAUUUUAAGAUUAAAAACGCUUUUGCUUAAAGAAAAUUAAUAAUGCUUGAAGCGAUUUUGCGAUGGUUAUUUGGUUCGAGACAAAGCGACGUAAUGUUAGUUGGUUUUUGUAGCUGUAUAGUUUAUUUCGUACUUGAUAAUUAUUGUAAACUCGGUCAUGUUGGCUGUUUUUGCAUUGUAGUCACGACGUUGGUUUUUAAUCUUUGUUACGUUCUAGUUUCAAAUUUUAUGUCAUUUUAGUGUUAGCUAUAGUAACCUUUAUUUAUCAUAGAGUUGUCUAUUGUAAUCCUAACGUUAAUUAGCGUAACUGUAAACGUCAUGUGAUUGUGAUUGAGCUUGCUUGCUUUCCUAUUGUAAUAUGCGAUUGUGUUGUAGGCGCGGGGGCGUCUUAAUUUCCUUUUUUGGUGAUAUGGUUGGCCUCAUUUUUGGUUUCGGCGGCUCGGAAGUUGGUGUCGGAGAUGGCGGAUUGCUGUGCACGGCGUACUUUUAAUUUGUAGCUCUGUUAUUUUUGGUUGCAUUCCCACUAAUUAAUUGCUUGUUGAUAUGCAACUUGGCCUUUGAAUUCGUUUAAUUUUGUUUUUUUUUCAGUUUUCCUCCAAAGACAAAAAGUCGAAGAAAAGCUCCAAACAGGACUCGGCAUCGUCGUCGGAUUCAGACUCCGAGAUUGAAGUCGAGGAACGGCACAUUGCCCAGAACGAUAAGGUAGGUGAAAGUUUUUUGGAUUUUAAUGUUAGUAGAGGAUGGUGGUACUAAGUUGGUUCAAAAGUUUUUGGAUUGAUAUUUUGGAUUUUUUAUUUUUUUUUAAAUCCGAAAACUUUUGGGCAAAUUUAGUCAACUCUUACUGACGGUUUAUUAUGGUACCGUAUGUUUUUUUGAUGGUACUUUUUUUGGUUUUUAUCGAUGGUACGUUAGUUAAAGUUUGGUUUUAGUACUACUUGGUUAUUUACUAGUAGUACCACUCUGUUUGCCAAUCCCGCAUUGGUGUCAUUAGAUUUUGAAAGUCUAGACAAACUCCGCCCAAGCCUUUGAAUUACUUUUUUACCAGAGUUGUGUCUCGGUCUUUUUGACAGCACGUUUCCCACUUUUUUUUCACUUUUUUUUGUUUUUUUUUCAGUCUAGAUUUUAGUUUUUUAGUCCAAACUUUUUGAUUUUUGUUUAAAACUGUAAUUCGCAGAAUUCUGGGGAAUCCCCAAUCGGCCAGACGAUGAGUCUGGGCAAAACGAACGACCAGGGCUCGGCGGGACCUUACUCGCCCGCCAACGACUGUGAGCACGGCCCGGUGAUACGGUCGGAGCGGCUGGAGCACGUCUACCGUAUCUCCGGGACCGGCGCUCCGCCACGAAUCGACCCCAACGACCCGGUUGGUGAUACCGUUUUGUUUGUGGUGCUGUUUUGAUGGUUGCUUUGAGUGCGACUAAAGUUUUGGAGAUUUUCUUUUUUUGGCCAACCAAAAAACAAAAAAUGCCCUGGGGAAAAGUUUAUCUUUUUGCGUUCUGGAAUAUAACUAUAGGCUGUAUAAAUGUGUAUAUAAACAAUCGGAUACGAUUAAUCCUCCGGUUUUGGUCACGGAAAUUAUGGGACACGGAAAAACAAGUUUUUGAAGCAUUUUUAAAAUUUAAAUUUAAAAAAUUCAAUUUUUCUUACAUAGAAUGAGGUUUUGAACCAAAAAUGUGAAAAUUUAGCUAAAUUCGUUUAAAAAGGGCAUAGUUAUGUGUCGCAGUAUUAAAAACAUCAAAUUUUUAAAAAUGUAAAAAUAACUGCUUUUUGACCAAAAAUUAGUAAAAGUGGACAAAUAAGAAGAGUUGCGAUGUUGUGUCUAACCUCAUAUUACUUAACUAACUUAUGUUUAUUCAGUCUUUAUUGAACACGUUGACUAAAUGUGUUCAGAACAACGAGGAACUGCCCAAGGUGCGACUGAUCGCUCGCCAACUGGAGAUUGAGCAACACGAGCCCGGACCCAACUAUCAAGAGGCGAGUCCCAAACCGUCGUUUGCUUGGCCUAAUGUACGCGAACUGCACCGUUAUUUCAGCCACCUGAAGGUGAUGGACUCGGCUUCAUCGCUGCGACGACGUCUGUCUCCACGCUCCGUCUAUAAGUGUGAAAGCGUGUGUUGUCUUUUUUUGUUUGUUUUGUUUACCGUAACACUCGUACUGUAUUUGCACUAGUUUUGUUGUUUUUGUUGGGCAGGUGUUUUUGUAGGAUAGAGAGGUGGUGGUGUAUAUUUUGGUAGUUUUGGCUAGUAUUUUUGUCACUAAAACGUAGUUUAUGCCCCUCCUUGUACCCUCAAAAACUCUGCCAGUUUUGUUUAAUAUGUUUGCACUUUUAUUAUGUUUUAUUAUUAACACUUUGUUGUAACUUGUACUAGACCUCGUAUAACCUUAGUCUUUUGUAAAAUAAAUGUAUAUACAGCUGCUGUUUGGCAACGUAACCAUUCUGCUUAUCAUUAUGCUGAUCAUAUCUGUGUGAAGAAGGAGGUAUAACUAUGCUUGUUUUAGGAAACCGCACCCCCACACUCUACGCUACAAAGCUGGCACGAGUCCGAAAUCAGUCCAGAACACGUUGUGACUGAAACUGACGAACACGGAAAUGUCAUCAAGUAGGCUUUGAAUUGAAAAAGUUAAAAGAGGUUUUGCAGUUUGAUUUUUUUGAAGUUUGGAGGGGUUUGGGAUUUUAAAUUAUUUUUUAAGUGUUUUCAAAAUUGAUAUUGUUUUCGUGGUGGGACCAAAAUUAGAAAAUAAGUAAAUGAGAAACAAAGGCUUGCGUUAUAAAAUCAAAAUUAGCUUUACUUCUCUAUUAUUUAAUAAUUGUCAAUUUCAGGAAGACGAUCAAAACCUCUCACGAGACCCACACCAUCCAGAAGCAGUCGUAUCAAACCUUUGCCCUUGGAGAUUCGACCAAUGAGGUGAUUACCAAGCACUAACACUUGUCUUCUAGUCAUCACUAACACGUCUGUCUAGUCUUUACAUUUCGUGACAUUAAACCACUAAUUAUCAAUUUUUCUCAUUUUUUUAUUUUGUUUGUGUCAUACUGUUCGAUUUUGUGAUGACAAUGCUUAAUGUUGUCAUUUAUUGUUUACUUUAUGGAUUUACAUGACAACAAUAUCUGGUGUCUUACAGUGAGUUGCUUUUGCCUGUCAAAAGGUCGGUUUUUAUGUUUAUGUCUAUGGGUUUUACUGUGGUAAGUAGGUACACAAUUAUGUGCUCUACAACAAUAAUAUGGUCUGUUUUAUUUGUUAUAGUUUUUGCACAAAUAUGUGCAAUAACUUUUACUUUUUCAAAUUGUACUUUUAUUUAAUAUACUUUAUAUAUGUCUAUAUUACCUGACACAUUAACACUAUUACUCUUUUACUAACUUUAUUUCACCCUGGGUUCCUUAAUAGUGCUAACAUUAUCUAAUUUUAGACGAGUGGUGUAAACAGUAUUGAGAACGCGCUGGAAACGAUAAAGUCAUCAUCCAAGUCCACCUUCCCCACAGCAGCGACACAUGCCCAAACUCGUGUGUUGGUGUACGGGAAGGACGGAGAACAAGAGCCUACGGAUAUCACCUACGAAGAAGACCAGGUGGUGCAAUCUAAGGUUGUCACGACCGGCAACAGAACCAUUGAGACCAUUACUGUAGGUUUUAUUUCAUUGCUCAUACCGUAACCGAAAGAUUGUUAUUUUGAAAAAUUUUAAUGUUUUUUGGCAUGGCAAUUAUAAUCUUCAAAGUAUUUAUUUUUGACUCCAUUAUAUGAACAGUUUUAUUUUCAUACUAAUGACUAACAAUAACAUAUUUCAGUACAAAACAGUGAAAGAUGGAGUGGUCAGCACGAAUGUUGAACACAGAGUAACCAUCCAAGGCCCUGAAGUCGAUCAUGAAGCUGUAAGUUUCUAUUCGUUUAGUCAGAAAGUUGGCAGGAUUACUGAGGGUUAAAAGUAUUGUUUGUGUAAAAUAGGGCUUUUGAAAACUGAUUUUAACUUCCAAUUUUAAAUUAUUUCAUUUCAGGAACUACGAAAAGCCAUCAUCGAAGCUACAGGCCUGAAUCCGCGCUACGAAGUUCAACGCGUGGAAGUGAAACAAGAACGAUUGGCCUAA